GAGGUGGUGGUGGAUUUCCAAUAAAUUUGAAAUUAAAUUCAAUCUCGUUUGGUUCAUCGGAAAAUAAUUUGAUUGGAGGAAAUAGUAAUAACAAUAAUCAACAAGGCGGAAAUUAUUAUUUCUCUCAACCCAACUGCAGUGCGCAAGUUUUUGAGGAUUGUUUAAAAAUAAGAUUGGAAAAAGAUGGUCAUGAAAAAACCAGUAUUGAUAUUUGGAAAGAAAAUGUUGAUUUUUUAAAUUUUGAAAAUGAAAGAGAUUUGGCUACUGGAAUUCCCCUACUUUCCGUUCAAGCACAUGUUAAUCAGCAUUUAAAUAGGUUCGACCAAGAAUUAUUAAACCCUGAACGUAAUAAUACACUAGUAACGUUCAACUUUAUAAAUUUGAAUGUUAACUUUAGACAUACUACAAUGAUUGAAAAUAAUGGAAAUAGCAAUGAUGUAUUUAGAAGCGGCGAAAGUAGAGACCUUAAAACAUUUUUAGAGAAAUGG